AUGAAAUUAACAAGUAGCCACGAUCCUUCAAAAACACUAAAUGCCAAAAAUAUGGAGACAUUAAUUGAAGGUCCAUCAGAGGGUGACCUUAAGGAAGCCCAUGGGUUGGCAUCAUGUGAUGGCGAAGAUAGCAUCUGCCAGCUAAUUGAAGUUAAGAAGAGAAAGAAACGGCUAUCCUGGCCUUCUCUCAUGAGAAGACUUUCCCAUUUAUCAGAUUUUUCUGAAGUUUCAACCCCAGAACUGAAAACAUCUCUCUUUAAUCAGCCCUUAUCAGUUAUCUGCGGUGAUAAUGACUCCUUGCCUAGACCCAUUCAGGAUAUUCUCACUGUUCUGUGCCUGAAAGGACCUUCAACUGAAGGGAUAUUCAGGAAGGCAGCCAAUGAGAAAGCCAGGAAAGAACUUAAAGAGGAGUUUAACUCGGGAGGGGCAGUGGAGCUACAAAGCCAGCCAGUUCACCUCCUGGCAGUGGUCUUCAAGGACUUCCUCAGAAGUAUCCCUCAGAAGCUGCUCUCAUGCAACCUGUUCAAAGAAUGGAUGGGGGCCCUGGAGAAGCAGAAUGAGGAGGACAAGAUUGAAGCCCUGAAACAGGUUGCAGAAAAGCUUCCCAGACCCAAUCUCCUCCUGCUCAAGCACCUGGUCUAUGUGCUCUACUUGAUCAGCAAGAAUUCGGAGACCAAUAAGAUGGAUGCCAGCAACCUGGCCAUCUGCAUCGGCCCCAACAUCCUGGCCCCAGAGAAUGACCAAAACCUGUCCUUCGAAGCCCAGAAAGACCUGAACAAUAAGGUGAAGUCAUUGUUGGAAUUCCUCAUUGAUAACUGCAUUGAAAUAUUUGGGGAGAACAUUCCAGCACAUUCCAGCAUCACUUCUGAUGAUUUCCUGGAACACACCGACAGUUCAGACACUUCCACUCAGCACAAUGACUCGGCCUAUGACAGCAAUGACCCAGAUGUGGACGUGGGCAGCACUUUGGACUUCCCCAGCAAACAGCACCAACCACCCGCAGAUGAAGCCUCCAGUUGGGAAGCACAAAGCACAGAGCAGCAGGCUUGUGCGCCAGGCUGGGAGCCCCUGGUUAGCUCCGUGUCCAGGCUGAGGGACAGUCUCGGGCUGCCCAAAAGGAGCUACUCAGAUCCCAGCAUAUCAUGUUGUCCGAGGGACCCUGAGGGCAGGAGGCCAAGCCCCCAGCUAUCUAAGUUGGCACAGGACCUCCCUGGGACUCGGGCAAGCUCACACUCAUACAAUGUAUACCAUGAAGAUCCCUUCAUAGAGGAAGAAGAGGAGGAGGUGUUUCCUGGGCCAGAGGGCAAAGCUCAGCUCCUGCAGGACCCCAGCAUGAUGCAGCCGGCCAGACUACAGGCCUCAGCCUGCAGACUAGGACCCCAGGCUACCUCCCGGGGCUCUCUGGAUGCGUCUUCUGAAGGCUCGCCUGAAGCUUCCCCUUCCAGUCCCAAAAGAAACUUCUUCACCAGACACCAGUCAUUCACCAAGUGGGAGAAGAGGAAGCCUCACAGAGAACUGAAAAAGCACUCCCUGUCCUUCUCCUUCCCCUCGCCACCCAGACCUCAAGCCCUGGGCUCUAGCUCCUUGAGGUACAAAGGCUUCCCCAGAGAACAAGUUCAGAAGGGCGCCAAGAAGGAAGCUAGGCUGGCUGGCCGCCUUGUGCAGGAAAACUUAUGGGACAUGCCAGGCCACAUGGCCCCAGAUGCAAGCUGGCAACAUGGCGGUACUCUGGAGACUGACGCUGUGUUCCAACUGGUGGACCAGCGGCGUGCUGGAAGACCACCAUCUUACCAGGAAGCCAUCCAUUGCCAGACUUCCACCCUAACAGCCUGUGGGAACAAAACCGUGGGCAGCAUGAGAGCCCAGAUGCACAGACAGGAUGCUGGGUGCCUCACCUCUCUCCCUGUACACCAUGGAGGGAAGGCCCUGGAAGAACACCUGGAUUGCCCCAAGACGGGAAGUUGGAAAUUAAAUGGGACUAUGUGUGUUUCUGCGGACACUACAGAGCCAGGCACUGUUUCCUGGAGGCCGGAGCUGCACAUCCUCAAAACCAUUUCCAACCCCAAGAAACAAAGGGACCCUCUCAUGUGGAGGUCUAGUCAGCCGGUGUUUGAGGCCGAGCAAUUGGAGAAUGCUAAAGAAUCCUACAUUUAG